AUGGAACAGGUUGCAGAUCAUGGUAAGAACAAGGGCAAGCAACCAUGGACUCCGGUUCAAGAUUCGGCCUUUUUCUUUGGUACGAAGAUCAGAAAGCAAGAAUCGAGAUUCUCGUUCCCAUUUUCUCUCGAUGAUCACAACCUGCAGUCAUCUGUGAAUCUUGAAAUCCCGACCCCGUCAAAGAAGCGACAGAUGAUCUCUUUUACACCAGACAACAAGGAAAUGGACCCGCGGCAGCCUCCGGGUAAGCUGUAUCGAGGGGUGAGGCAACGCCAAUGGGGUAAAUGGGUCGGAGAGAUCCGUCUCCCUCGUAGCAGGAGCAGACGUUGGUUGGGUACGUUUGAUACCGCGGUUGAAGCCGCUUUGGCAUAUGAUCUUGAGGCUUUCAAGUUAAGAGGACACCAAGCCCGUCUCAAUUUCCCGCAUCUUCUCGUCAACGAUCAAAAACAAACGAUCACGCUUCCGUCUUCACCGUCAAUGUCGAACCCCAAAUCUUCACAACCAUCUUUGUUCAACAACAGUUACGGGUCCGAACCAGGGUCCAGUAAAGAUCAAGUUCUGAAUGGUUUCGAACCGAACGAAAGCUUAUCUGAAUAUGGUACUGAGCCACCAUGGGAAACUAUGGAAGAUGGUGUGUCUUAUGCCUCCCAAGCUGGUACCUUCAUAUGGGAUAAAUUUGAACCCGAUUUAUCGAGUCCCUGACAACUGCUUUUUAAAUCCAUGAACUUUUCUGACAGGUUUUUCGGACAAUCUUUUGUACGGGAAUAUUAUUCUCAAACCUGUUAUAAGGUCUAAACU